AUGGUUUUUAUUCCAGUUGAAGUAAUUUUUAAAAAAUUCCCAAAUUUUUCCAAAGAUAGAGUAACAUUUUUAAGGCGAUAUAGUUUUCUUAGUUUAAUUUUAGGUGGAUUAUUUGUUUAUAAAGCUCAUAAACCAGAUUUUAGUAUAAGACAUUAUAGUCCUUCUUAUUUUUAUAAACACCAUUUAGACAAGUUAAAAAAAAAAGGGAUAAUCGAUGAAGAAAAGUACAAUAAGUAUUUGAAUAAUUAA